UUACGCGUUGAUCUCGAUGAGCAGAGCAUCCGGCAGGGAUUCGUCCCGCUCGAGCCCCGAGCCGACGCUCGCGUCCACAACCAACCCCAAAAAAAGGCCGCGAGUCGUCGAGUACGACGAUGACGACGACGAAGAUUGCUGCCUGGCCAAGGUCAUGAAGGGCGAGCCCCUCAGUCCCGGGAGUUCCUCCUGCGCAGCCGAGGAUGCGGCUUUCUUCCUCGAUGACAAGAGCGCCAUCUCCGCCAUCUCGCCCCACAACAUCCACGUCGCGAGGUUCGCUGCCCAGCAAAACACCGACAGCGAGGACGACAACGAGGAGCUGCUCAACGAGCUGGAGUUGAAGGUCGAGGCCGUGGAUUUGCCGUGCGAGUACGAGACGAUAGAGCACAAGUCAACGGAGGAGAGCCAGGAGUUGCUACCUCCGACGCCACCGAGCACCUCGUGCUCCGACAGCGAAAGCACCGUCUCGGCCUCGUGCUCGCCCGAGCGCAGGGACUCGCACGGCUCGGUCCACGCCCACCACCACCAGAAUCUCCGGGGCUGUCUACAGCCGAGAUUGUACGUGACGACAAGCGCCACCGCCGGCCAGCACAGCACCACCACGCGCCAGCCCAUCCACACCCCCCUCAUAUCUUGCCAGCCGAAGGGAUCCACGGGCGAGCUCGUCCUCACGGAGGAGGAAAAGAAGACGUUGAUCGCCGAGGGUUACCCAGUGCCGACUAAGCUCCCCCUUACCAAGCACGAGGAGAAAUCGUUGAAGAAAGUGCGCAGGAAAAUCAAGAACAAGAUAUCCGCCCAAGAGUCCCGCAGGAAGAAAAAGGAGUACGUGGACGGGCUCGAGAGGCGGGUGGCGCAUUUGUCGAAAGAGAACGCCAACUAUCAGGAUAGGCUGAGCAGCCUGGAGAGCUCAAAUCGCCAGUUGCAAAAGGAACUGCAGCGAUUCCAGGCCAUGUUCAAAAUACAGUCCUUAUAAAAAUUGUUGUUUUCAUCAAUAAGUCUAUUUUUUUCUUUGAGCAUUAUUGAGAAUAAAGCACUCUUUUUGCAAAAAUUUAAUACAUUUUAAAUGGCAACGGUCCUACUCUACACGUGACAACUCUACACACCAUACUACUACUAUACACCAAUACGUAUUAGAUACAUAUUGGUUAAUGUAGGCGUGAACAGUUUUCGCGAGUAUAGGAUUGGACCCUUCUCAUUUGAAAUAAUAUCAAAACGUACAACAAAGUAUCUUCCGUCGAUUUACCGGCUGCCUACUCAUUAAUGUUUGAGAUAUUUAAUUUUGAUAAUGUUCUGUAUAAUUUACUAUUCGUAGCUUUCAACGAAAAAUUGUAGGCAUAGGAAAAAAUCUCGAGCGUUUUGGAAAAAAAGAGAAAAA